UGCAGCACGACGACUAUCGUACAGCAUUGUCGGUUGCUUGUCGUCAUGUACGAUAGCACGCUUGCAGUUUGUUUAUGUUUUUCGGUGGGUGCGUUUACUACGAGUUCUGUCACAAAAAUGUCUUCUGAAAUUGUAAAUUCGUGCAAUUAAUAGAAAAUCGCGCGUGCCUAUACAAUAAUAAUUUACAAGAAUAUUCCAACAAAAAUAUAACGGAAAGAGCUUGGAGCGAAAUAGCUCAACAAAUGAAUUGGUCAGUAGCAGAGUGUAAGGAGAAGUGGAGAAACAUAAGGAAUGGUUUCGUUCGCAGCCUCAAGCCGCCUCCGAGCGGCUCAUCUUCAAAAAUUAAGAAAAAGUAUUAUUUGCACGAAGUAAUGCAGUUUGUGUUGCCGUAUGUUAAACCAGUCCAACACGCUGAGCAAACUGGUAACAUUACCUUGUCAGAUUGCGAUGUAUAUCAUGCGGAAGAAGUCACGACGAUGGAAGAUGGGCACGAAAGCGACAUAACCUUUGAAACGGCACAGAACACUUCAGCAAGUACGGGGCAAAAAAAAAACGUAAGAAAGGCUCUGCCGGAAACGACGAAGUCGAAGAGGCCGUCUUAGGCUACAUUACUAACAGAAACGCAAAGAAAACCGAAGACGAUUCUCGCAAACUGUUUCUGCUAAGCUUACUCCCGGACGUAAAUAGCUAAUCAGCCGCGAGUUUCAGGCAAUUCAAAAUAAGAUCUUUGCUCCUGGUGGAAGACCUGUUGAAGAACGAAAACGAAGAAUUUAUUUUACCAAAUCAGGCUUCGCCGUUCGUAGCUACUCCCACACCUUCUCCAAGUGAUGCACCUACACCUUCUCAUAUGAUUUACGCUGAAAUCUCACGACUUCAUUUCUGAUGACUCACAUGCCCCCACUUUUGCUAGUAUGCCUGCUACUUCACCCGAUAUAGCACCAACUCCGCCAGUUGUAGCACUCACUACAAAGCAGAUAGCUUUCCGGUGAUGACCCAGGGUGGAACUCAAACGUUUUUCUUUAAAAAGCAAUGAAAUAAAAAAUAAAAAUGUAUUUGUACAAAGACAAAUAAAAAGAGAGAAGUUGCUGUAUUUGAACUGUUUUUCUUGUUGUAGCUUAAGCGACGUUGCUGGCCCAACUUAGGUCACCCUAGCU